AAUUAGCAUUACUUUUCAAAUCUAAUUUCGUGGAAGUGAGAUGAACCCUAACAUUCCUCUUUCUUUGUAACGCUGCCAUCAAAUCCUAACGUUGUUCAUUGCAGUCGUUGGUGGCUGUCGUCAAGCAUUGUAUGCGGUCGAAUCCUGUUCGUCGUUGAGUAGAGACACAUUUGUCGUUGGCUUCGUCGUUAUCUGAAGUGGUUCGUCACAGCUUUCUUAUUUUAGCAUUCUUCCAAGAAAGAGAAUCGAGCUGCAUCGGAAUUGCAUGCAUGCUCUGAGAGAAAUCAGAAUCAGUUUUGGUGAUCAAUAAAAGCAAAGCUUCUGCUAGUUUGAAGGAAUGAUUUUAUACGUGCUCAUAUGCUUGGGACUUCAGCACCAACGAAAUCUGUUCUGGGAAGUUGGUGAUUUUCCAGCUCUUCAUAAACAUGUGAAGCUCCUGUAUCAAUGGUUGCUCUUCUCCAAACGACGAAGCAGCACCAUCGCACAUCGGUGCUCCACUUUGCUCCCAGCUCGAUGGACACAAAGGUUGAUUUUCUUGUUACAAAGGCACCGAUUUCAGGCUCGAGGAGAUCAAUUGAGAAAUCGAGGACUCUCAUAUUCACCUGCAAAUCACGUCUAGAACAGAGGUCAGCGUUGCGGCAUGGAUCCUAGGGUUCAAAAGCUUCUUAGGCUUUCUAUUUAAAGGGAAACAAAAUCAUUUGGAGUUGGAAUAAGCACAAGAUGGAAUGGGAGGAAGAGAGAUGUCACAAAUCUAGUCGCGGUGGAAGCUGAGGCAUCACAACGGAGGAGAUCUGCGGAGGCGAUUCUGGCAUCAGUCAGAGCAAGCUUAUGUUAUCACAGUGCUGAUUUUAAAACAGAAUCAUGGAAAAAGUACUUCCUUGUUCUGAUACUCAGCGUGCUGCGGAAUCCGAUCGCUCUCAGCUGAAUUUAGGAACAAGUUAUCUGUACCAGGAAGAACCUAUUAAUUGCGCUGAAAAUCGCGAAGAUGAUAUGUUUGAAAUUUUGAAUACGGCGGUCAACUUAACGACUCAUUACUGAAGAAGACAGAAGGACGGGGACCUACUGUUAGUGAAAUCUUGGCCAAUUCUUAUUGCCAAAACGCCGGAGCUUUAGUUUUUGACUCUCAAGUGGAAAACCAAGAGAAACCUUGUAGUUUGCAUGCCAUUGCAGAUAAUGACAUAAAUGAACCUCGCUUAACCUCUGAGGACUCUCUCUCUAUGGUAGAUUUGAUUGAAAAUGAAUCGCCAAACACCGGUAGGGAAGGAGCAUUGUCAUUUUCUGAACCCGCUUGGCUAGAGGGGGAAGAAGAGACGAUGGCAUUAUGGGUAAAGUGGAGAGGGACAUGGCUGGCCGGCAUAAAAUGUGUGAGGGCUGACUGUCCAUUAUUAACAUUGAAAGCAAAACCAACUCAUGAACAGAAGAAUUAUUUCGUCAUCUUUUUCCCUCACACAAAGAAAUACUCUUGGGCUGACAUGCUGCUUGUUCGACCGAUCGAUGAGUUUCCGCAGCCGACCGCAUACGAAACUCAUCAGGAAGCACUGGAAAUCGUAAAAGACUUGACUGUUGUGCGACGGUUCACAAUGCAAGAUCUAGCCCUUAGCAUAUUGUACACUCUUGAUCAGCUUCAUUCCCAUGCUUUAGUAGAAACUGCUUGUGAUGUGAUGGUCUGGAAGGAACUUGCAAUGAAGGCUUCUAGUUGUAACGCUUAUUCAGAUUUGGGGAGAAUGCUUCUCAAGCUACAAAAUUGGAGAGGGACAUGGCUGGCCGGCAUAAAAUGUGUGAGGGCUGACUGUCCAUUAUUAACAUUGAAAGCAAAACCAACUCAUGAACAGAAGAAUUAUUUUGUCAUCUUUUUCCCUCACACAAAGAAAUACUCUUGGGCUGACAUGCUGCUUGUUCGACCGAUCGAUGAGUUUCCGCAGCCGACCGCAUACGAAACUCAUCAGGAAGCACUGGAAAUCGUAAAAGACUUGACUGUUGUGCGACGGUUCACAAUGCAAGAUCUAGCCCUCAGCAUAUUGUACACUCUUGAUCAGCUUCAUUCCCAUGCUUUAGUAGAAACUGCUUGUGAUGUGAUGGUCUGGAAGGAACUUGCUAUGGAGGCUUCUCGUUGUAACGCUUAUUCGGAUUUGGGGAGAAUGCUUCUCAAGCUACAAAAUAGCAUAGCGCCGCGGUACAUAAGUGCUGACUGGAUCAAUUCUUCGUUUGACUCUUGGGCGGAACGAUGCCGGAAUGUAAAUAGUGCUGAAUCAGUAGGGCUGCUGAAGGAGGAAUGGGUUAAUUCUAUUCUCUGGAAUGAUGUAAACAGUCUCUCGAGUGUGCCUGUGCAACCAACACUUGGUUCUGAGUGGAAAACCUGGAAGCAGGAUGUAAUGAAUUGGUUUUCAACGCCUUAUAGCGGGUACCAAGUAAGCCUUCAGAUUGGUAGAGAAAGGCGCAAACUCCAAGUUCAUCGUGCUGAUACAGACACUUCACUGGCAGGAACCAAGGGUUCAGAUCACUCUAUUACUCUUGAGACUAGCCCAGGUUUCUCUAAGAACCAGAACACAGUGAGUGCAUUGGCAAUUGUACCUUUUGAACAGGAAAGUUUCAGAGAGGUACACGUCGAAACUGAUUUACCUAGUAAUUUGACCGAUCAGAGGAAUGAAAUUGUAGUUGAGGGUACAGAUUCUGAGAUCUUGAAUAGCAAUGGAAUGGAAUUAACACCUAUUGAUGACAUGGCUGGUGAGAAAAUUAUGGAACCUGGAACUAAGAAUAAACAAUGCAUCGCUUAUGUUGAAGCCAAGGGUAGGCUGUGUGUGAGAUCGCCGAGUGAUGGUGAUAAAUACUGCUGUGUGCAUUCUCGGUGUUUAAGCAGCCCGGGAAUAACCAAAAUGUGUGUAGGUAUAACCAUUGCUGGUACUAGAUGUAAGCAUCAUUCCCUUCCUGACUCUCCAUUCUGUAAGAAACACCGGCCCAGUGCUGAAACCCGCCGCAACCUAAAGAGGAAACAUGAAGGAAAUUGCACUCCUUCAGAGGGGUUGAUCUGCAAAGAUAUGGUACUAUUAAAUGAUGAAAUUCCAUUGCAGGUGAUUCCGAUGUCAGCCAAUCGUGGUGAUUGCUUCCUCCACAAGUUCCCCGGGAAGCUCGUCCUUUCUGGCAAUUGUCAUAAUGCAAUGGAGGAGGCACCUCGCUGUUUAGGCUCUCCUCCGUAUGACAAUGAGUACCCUUGUGUGCAAUCACCUUUGUGGUAUUUCUUGUACUGUGAAAAGCACCUUCCAAGCUGGCUCAAACGCGGGAGAUAUGGUAAGACUAGAGUAAUAUCGAAGGAAGUGUUCACAGAAAUUUUGAGGGACUGCAGCUCAUGGGAGCAGAAGGUGCAUCUUCAUACAGCAUGUGGGAUUUUUCACAGACUAUUCAACGGCAUUCUCAGUAACCCGGUGUCUAAGGAAUUUCAAUUCCAAAGGACUAUGACUGAAGCUGCUAAAGAUCCUAGUGUUGGAGAAUUACUUAAAAGGUUGAUAAUGAGUGAAAAGGAAAGAAUCAAAUUGGUUUGGGGAUUGGAUGAUGAUAUAGAUAUAUCCUCACUCAUGGAAGGGCCCUCUCUUGUUCCUACCGCGAUUAAUGGCAGACUUGAUAAUGGAGAAUUUCUUGAUGACCGAACACAAGGUAAUCAUUGGAUGGACAAUCAUAAAAAGGAAGCACCGCGGCUUUGCAGUAGUUUUGGGUGUGCAAUAUGCCGGGUUUCUUUUACUGAAAAGAAACUAUUGGAAAACCAUGUUCAGGAGCGACACCAAGGGGCCAAGCGUUCGGAUCACUCUAUUACUCUUGCGACUAUUCCAGGUUUCUCUAAGAAUCAGGACACAGUGGGUGCAUUGGAAAUUGUGACUCCCGAACUGGAAAAUUUGAGAGAGGUACCUGUGGAGACUGAUUUACCAUGUAAUUUGAUCGAUAAGUGGAUUGAAAUUGUAGGCCAGGCUGGUGAUUCUGAGAUCUUGAAUAGCAAUGGAAUGGAAACAACAUCUAUUGAUGCUGGAACCAAGAAUCAACAAUGUGUAGCAUAUGAAGUCAAGGGAAGGCAGUCUGUGAGAUCGGCUUUGAGAAGCGCAAGAAAAGCCAAAAAACCUGUUCCAAUUGAAACUCCAAUGUGUGGAGGUACAACCAAUGCUGGUAAUAGUUGUAAGCAUCAUUCCCUUCCUGACUCUCUAUUCUGUAAGAAACACCUGCCCGGUGCUGAAACCCGUAGUAAACUAAAGGGGAAGCAUGAAGCAAGUUGCACUGGUUCAGAGGGCUUGAUCUGCAAAGAUACUGGCCCAUUGCAUGUAGAUCCGGUUUUAGCCAUUGAUGGUGGUCGCCAUUAUAAAACUGCACAUAUGGGGCACAAUAAAAUUAGCAGCAAAUUGGCAAAAAGAGAAGCUGUAUGUUCUGCUCACAGAUUGAUAUCCGGCAGACUUAGCCGCCCGAAGUUUAAAAAAUGUUCAUCAGCCGCAUCAUAUCGGACCAGAAGUAGGGCUAAUGCUAAUUUAAAGAGGCAUAUUCAGGAGACAAAGUCACUUAGGAUGAAGGGAAAAAGCGUUCAUUUGAAUUCAGGGUCCUUGCAAAAUGGUAUAGUAUUAUGUGAUGACAUAAGCUUUGGGCAGGAAUCAAUUCCAGUGAUUUGUGCUGAAUAUUUUGAAAUUCUGAAUUCUCAAUUCCAACCGCCUUGGGAGAGCUUCACCUAUGUUACAAAACCAAGGCUUUAUGAAUCACUUAGUCUUCAUCCUGAGAGUACGCAAAUGCAGCGCUCCUGCUCAUUUUUUACAUUCUGUCCUGAAACAUGUCAUCAAGCAUACCUUUUCGAUAACGAAUUCGAUGAUGCGAAAGACGUAUUUGGGAAACCGAUGCGUGGAAGGUGUCCAUAUGAUGAAAAUGGCCGUAUAAUACUGGAGGAAGGUUACCUUGUGUAUGAGUGUAACAAUAUGAGCAGAUGCAAUAAAACUUGUGCAAACAGAAUUCUGCAGAACGGGAUUCGGGUUAAACUGGAAGUCUUUAAAACAGAGAAAAAGGGGUGGGGAGUAAGGGCUGGUGAGGCUAUUUUGCGCGGUACAUUUAUCUGUGAGCUCCUAGGUGAGGUUUUAGAUGGGCGCGAGGCGCACGACAGACGCAAAAGAUAUGGAAAAGAAUACUGCAGUUAUUUUUAUGACAUUGAUGCUCGCUUUAAUGAUACGGGUAAAAUGAUUGAAGGACAAGGCAAGUAUGUCAUUGAUGCUACUAGAUAUGGGAAUGUCUCUAGGUUCAUCAAUAGCAGCUGCUCACCCAAUCUUGUGAGUUACAAUGUUUUUGUAGAGAGCUUGGACUGUAAGCGUUCCCAUAUUGGUCUUUAUGCAAGUCGAGACAUUGCUUUGGGUGAAGAAUUGACAUUUGAUUAUCAGGGCAAGCUUGUUGUUGGAGAAGAAACUCCUUGUCUUUGUGGAUCUUCGAAUUGCCGAGGACGCCUUCACUAGAACCUAAACAUCUUAAACGUUUCUAAACAGUUUAAACUUAUCUUCCCUUCCUUUCAUUGACUAAAUAACUUAUUUAUAGAACUCGCUCGGUUGUGAAUUUUGUCUAUUAAAACAUGAGUACUAUUAAAUGCUGCUUUUCAUUUACAGAAGUUUUCUUGUAUUGGAUGUGGUAAAUUAAGUGCCUUGCAGGACAAAUUAAACUUGAAACUUGAAACAUAUUCUCAGGGUUCGAACCUGUGUCUUUACCCUUGCAGGAUUCUGGUCUGUCUAUUACUAGACCGGCACAUUGUUAGUUGUGAUGACUUACUAUACCAUUUAAAGCGACUCUCUCACUUUAGAGGCACUUCUGAGGAGCUAAAUGCUUGUUGGUUAUGUGUA